GAGCUUCUGGGACAUUGUAUCCUCGGGUUUCUGCCGCUCCUGAUUGCGUCAUGGACCAAGCCCUACGCUCUUGUGCUGGGCGCAUGCGGCUUCUUAUCCCAUUAUCUGAUGCAAACAUUUACAGCAUGGCAGCUCUUCUGGAUCUACACCGCCAUUGGUAUCGCACAUUGGGUCGGUAAGAGCUACUCCGGGUAUGCCCAAAUCACAGCAGAACUCAGGGUCCCAGCGACCGAGUCGAGCUUUGGCCGUUGGUUGACCGUCACGGUGCUAACAGCUUUGGCGGACAUCGACGUCAUGGCACCUCCGCGGGUGAGCCGCGGUGAAUUCUCGCACCGAGGCUGCAUCUAUGGCCUCCGUAGGCGACGAGGAACGCGGCCAAAGAUCCCAAAGCUAGUGCCCAUGGCCCAACUCAACCAGAAGGCGUCCCCGGCAACAUGCCACCAAAUCGGCUGCCUCCUCGAAUCCUACCAAGCACGACACCCAAAUCACUUGCAACUGAGCAUAAGCUUCCUAGAUCCGGGUCUCGACGGCGUUCGCAGGAGCACUGGCAUACGGGCCGCUGGAGCCACCCACCAGCGUGAAAAUGGAGAAUGGGGUGGCGAGAUUGCCCAAGUCCAUCACGCUAACGGAUUGGUGCACGUUGUGCUACACCCGGAAGACAUCAGCACCGUGGUAGAAGCCGGGUGGGGACAGCGUCACCCGUUGUGCGCCAACGACAAGCGCUGGUUCAGGUUCCUGUUCCAGGGCAUCUGGGAACGACCAUUACCUGUCCCCGAGGGCUUGACCUUGAUCUAUGCGCCACGGGAUGCCCUUGAGCUUCAGGCCUUGGAUGUCAUUCUCAGAGCGGCGAUCUGGUAUGCAACAGCGGGAGAGCUGUAUCCGUCCCCUGUUGAGGAAGAG